AUGUUUUCUUUACCAACUUUAACUUCUGAUAUCACUGUAUCUGUCAAUGAUUCUGCAAAAUUGACUGAAGCUAUUCGUCGUCCAAUUGAACCAGUUGGUAAACAUUUCAUGCAUCAUGCUCAAAGAACUUUAAGAAACCAUACUUGGUCUGAAUUUGAAAGAAUUCAAGCUGAAAGAAACGUUCAAACCGUCGAUGAAUCUAACGUCGAUCCAGACGAACUAUUAUUCGAUCAAGAAUUGGCUGAUGAAUCUCUAUUAUCUCAUGACGCAAGAGAUUGGAAAACUGCCGAUUUAUAUGCUGCUAUGGGGCUAUCCAAAUUAAGAUUCAAAGCUACUGAAAAUCAAAUCAUUAAAGCUCAUAGAAAACAAGUAGUUAAAUAUCAUCCAGAUAAACAAUCUGCUGCAGGUGUUGGUUUAGAACAAGAUGCAUUCUUUAAAAUCAUUCAAAAAGCUUUUGAAACUUUGACUGAUUCCACUAAGAGACAACAAUAUGAUUCUUGUGAUUUCGUAGCUGAUGUGGAACCACCAAAGAAGGGAUCUAAAUAUGAUUUCUUUGAAGCUUGGGCUCCUGUUUUCCAAAGUGAAGCGCGUUUUUCAAAGAAAUCUCCUGUUCCUCAAUUAGGUGAUGCUAAUUCUUCGAAGAAGGAUGUCGAACAAUUUUAUUCAUUCUGGCAUAGAUUUGAUUCUUGGAGAACUUUUGAAUUCUUGGAUGAAGAUGUUCCAGAUGAUUCUUCUAAUAGAGAUCACAAACGUUACAUUGAAAGAAAAAACAAAGCUGCUAGAGAUAAGAAGAAGACUGCUGAUAAUGCAAGAUUAGUUAAAUUGGUUGAAAGGGCCAUGAGUGAAGAUCCACGUAUUAAAGCUUUCAAAGAAGAAGAAAAGAAGGAAAAGGAAAGAAAGAAAUGGGAAAGAGAAGCUGGUUCUAGAGCUGAAGCUGAAGCAAAGGCUAAAGCGGAAGCUGAGGCUAAGGCUAAGGCUGAACUGGAAGCUGCAUCUCAAGCUUCUGCUAAGGCUGAUAAGAAGAAACAAAAGGAAGCUGCCAAAGCUGCUAAGAAGAAGAAUAAGAGAGCUAUCCGUAAUUCUCCAAAGGAAGCUGGUUACUUUGGUGAUGCUGACAAAGCUGCAACUAUUGAUGAACAAGUUGGUUUGAUUGUUGAUAGUUUAGAUGAUGAUCAAUUAGUUGAUGUUGCUGGUAAAAUUAAGGCAGGUUCCGUUAAGGAAACUUUCCAAGAAAUUGCUGGUACUUUGAAAGACUCUGGCAAAUUACCAGCCAGUUUGUUAUCCUACUUUAUUUAA